ACAAGCUAAAAAUACAAAACAUACAGAAAAUUUCAAGUUUGAGUUGUCGAAAAGGAAUGAUGAAGGCGGUAUCGAUUGAAUCUGGAGAAGCAUCAAAGGAUGUUACAAGGCAUGGAGUGAACAGAGGACUCUCUGUAUUUGAUCUUAUUCUGCGUAUUGUUGCGAUUGUUGGAACAUUAGCAGGUGCUGUGGCAAUGGGAACUGCUGAGCAAACUCUUCCUUUUGUCACACAGCUUGUACAGUUUUCAGCUCAAUAUGAUGAUUUUGACUCAUUUAAAUGCUGUAAACCAAAGCUGUCAAGACUGUCAUAACAAAUGCCCUGCACUUCCAAUAAUGUUCCUUGACAACCUUCUCCGUAGUCCUUGAAGACUCAGGUUCUAUACUCCAAUUCCCAACCAUUGCAAUAUUAGCAUAAGCAAUCCUUGGAGAAUGGACACUGAAAGAAGAGGUGUUCAAUUGUUUCCUCUUGCUCAUCACAGAUGACACACUUGCUAUCUUGGCAUACCCCCAUUUUAACUAGUCUAGAUCUUGUUAGGAUCCUGUUGUGCCUUACUAACCAGCAAAUGAAGCUAUGCUUUGGGAUGUUGAGUUCGUUCCAUACCCAUCUCUCCCGUUGCCUUGUCUUUAGCUCUCCU